AUGUGGGAUGUAGACUGGAAGUCGCUCGCCAUCGGCGCGGCCGCGGUUGUGUCGGCGAAGGUUGCUUACGAAGUUGCAGUAGCUGCAGCAAAGAACCGUUGCCCGACGGACAGCUCUCCACGGGGGCUGCGCGUCGUGCUCACGGGAGGGAGCCUUGGCCUCGGACGGGCCCUCGCGAAGGAGUUCUUGUCCAUGGGCGACUCCGUGGUGAUCAUGUCACGAGACCCCGGCGCUGGCCGCGGGGCCGCUGUCGACCUCGCGAACGCGGGAAGCGCGGGCGCAGGCCAGGGGGCGCGCGUCUCGUGGGUGCAGUGCGACGUGAGGGACGCGCAGCAGGUCGACGCCGCGGCGCAGGAGGCGGCGAAGAAGCUCGGCGGCAUCGACAUCUGGAUCAACAACGCGGGCGUCUCGAUGGCGCCCAAGAGCCCUCUGAGCACGUCCGACCCAGAGAAGCUCGCCGCCGUGGUCGAGACGAACCUCCUCGGCGCGAUGUACGGCGCGCGGUCCGCGGCGCGGAUCAUGGCCGCGCAGCCAGCGGACCGGCGGUACAAGAUCAUCUUCAUGGACGGCGCGGGCGCGGACGGGUCGGCGACGCCGAACAACGCGGCGUACGGCGCCAGCAAGCACGGCCUCGUGCAGCUCGUGCGCAGCGCAGGAAAGGAGCUCUCGGGCCGCGCGCGGAAGGCCCCGGGCCAAGAGAACGAGGUUGCGGGCAACGUGGAGGCGCACCUGUUUUCCCCCGGGAUGGUUCUGACGGACCUGCUGCUGUCAGGCGCGGACCUGUCCUCGCCGAUGACGGCCCGGGCGCUCAACCUGCUCGCGGAGCCCGCGGACGUCGUGGCGCGCUGGAUGGCGCCGCGCAUCCGUGGCGUCCGUGGCAGCUCUCCGCGCCACGUGAGGUACCUGACGCCGCUGGGCGUCCUGGGGCGGUUCGCGACCUUCUGGCGGUACAGCGACCGGUGGAUCGCCAAGGGGAAGCUGAAGCGCGUCUGA